GAAUUCAACAAACUUCUAGCUGUCUUUUUGGGUGGGUUAAUAAAGGUUGAGAUCUCAUUGAUCAACGUCUCAACCAAAAAUUAGCCACAUUUCUAUGUUGAAAUCACGUGGUGUGCCCAGUGGGUUAGGCUAUGCUACUUUUUAACACAUGUCCCUGCUGUAUCAUUCAAGAUAAAUCUGGUCCAUCUGGCAGAUCUAGCCAUUACUGGUAUUGCAGAGAGCUUACUGUACAUUUAAUACUGCUCUAUGUACAUUAAAUAUGACCCAGAGGAUAAAAAAUAUGAAAAGGCAUCUCUCUUACAAGCUGCUCCCAGGAGGGCUUGGAUUUUCAUAUCAGCAAGUUUCUAGGCAACCGUUCCAAAGCUAUAUUUAUACUGUAUACAGUACAGCAUGUUUGCUAAGAGAUUCACACCAAGUGGACUUGAUCUCCAGCCAGAAAGCAGUCAGAAACACCAGUAAGAUGGGAGGAAUAGUUUGUAUGGUGGUGCACUGGAGAAGUAAAACUACUACAAGUUAAGCGCUUCCCAUUGGAAACUAUACAAAGAAACCACUCCAACCAUCGGCUUUAGGAUUGACACACCAUUAUGGAUGAAUGACCAGUACAGGUUGAAUUCAGGUCUUAGUACAGUGUUGUGGAUGGAGGCUGGGUUGGAUGCCCUGAGGGCUCGAAUGUACUGAUUCCCUGUACUGCAGUACCAGGACCCAAUGUUCAAACGCUAUGGGGACACAACCGAAAUGGCGGAGGCGAGAGAGCCACAGCUGGAGUGAAGAGGAUAAAGGGGAAUGAAGUGAGAGAGAGCUGCAGUGCCAGCAACACUCCACAAGAACAAGAAUCCCACUCUGGGGCCGUAGCCAUGGAGACCAGCCAGCUUUCAGAGAUGGAUGACCGAACAGACAAUAAAAUGGAUUCUGGGGAAACGGAGGACCAGAGACGCCUGCUUAGUGAGAGCGAGGAAGAAUGUGACCAAGAACCUUUCGCAGAAUACAGAGGAACAAAAGAGAACAUAAAAACGUCAGUGGAUGAACCAGACGAGGAUAAUGAAAGUGGAGAUGGAAACAGAGAGGAGGGGAUUCUCAACUUUGGGACAGGACAAGAUGACUUCAGUCUAACAGAGUUACUCAACUCCUCAAGUAUAUUUGGAAGUGAACCCAUUUGUAAGGUGGAAGACCUGCUUGCAGAAGAUGACAUGGACAACUCUGCUCCAUCAGAAAUGACGGUGACACAAGAGUCCAUCUUGGAGCAGCUUAUCCGAGAGGAGGUCUCCUCCGACGUCUCAACGGGGUCCUGUCACGACCUUGACCGAGACGACCUGAGUGACUGUCUCCAGGUAGAAAUGGCCAUUGUGUCAUCUGACAGCGAGACUGACGAACAAUGGAGGUCCACUUUUGCAUCUACAGUCAACAAGGAGGAAGGGUGUGACGGAAAUGCUCAAGAUGCUCUCGAGAAGGACAGAGCCACAGGGGAGGCAGAGAAUGGGGCCAAGGAUGAAACUGCGGAUAGUCCUCACAAGCUUGAACAACCCGAUUGCCCCACAGAAUGCGAGAUCCAAGACCAAGAUAUGUCCUCUGGCCAGUUCCAGGGCUUAUCAGAGAUUCCAGAGGAUGAGGAAGAGGCCAGCCAAGGUGGGACUUGCAAAGUACGUCGUUCUACAUCUGCAAGCUCUUCUGCAAGCUCUGACCCUGACAAGAAGGUUCCUCAAGACUACUGUGUGAUACAAGAAAUGACGAGCAAGAACGUUAGUACAGAGCAUGUGGACUUCCAGGGGGCUCGGAAACAGUGGCGCCAAAUGGAGGAGCAGACCAAAGGACAGGUCCAGGUCCACCAGCCCACUGUCAGACAGCAGGGGACGUGCCAGGGAGGCCACAGCGCCAUGUACACACCCGUCAGGAACAUCGACCGACCCAGGAGGGACCCCGAACUCGACAGCCUCGCCCUGGGCGACUUUCAUCACACCCAGUUCAGCCCAUGUUCAGAAGACUCAGGUCUGGAUGACCUCAGCUACAGGUCCCCUUACGAGGACUCAGACAACCCUGUCGAAAGGGAGAUACGACAGACCAUAGAGCGUGAGGAAAACUUCAGGCGGGAGAGAGGGAUCGCGAAACAGGGUCAAGCUGGAGAAUCAUCUGCGCAUCCCAGACCAACUACUCUCUACCCCGGCAAGUACGGGAAAGGUUUUUGCCAGGAGGUGGAGGAGAAACGGAAGAUGUUUGACUCUAGUGAUCCCGGAUGCAGGCCAUUGAGGUCUCCCGACGCAAAAAACCCAACCUUCUCCAUAGCCACCUCCCCCUCACCCACACCGAGGGGUGCGACCUACCACGAGAUGACCGCCCAAAACGUGAUCAUCCUGGAGCCAGACUCCUACCCCACCAGCCCAAGGCACCGCACCCGAGGAUCCCUGCUCUCCCCGGGUCCCAGCCGUUACAGCGAGUGGCCUUUGGAGACGUCAGCCAACGUCAUCAUUCUGGAGACGUCCAACCUGAUCAUCCGGAGCGCCUCAGAGUUCUGCCUGAGUUCUGCCUCCUGCCAGGAGACCCAGGAGAGCACAUUUGUCAACAACCCCUUCUUCAAGCUGCGCUCGCGGAGCUCCAUGUCCCUGGUGGACCAGGAGAUUAAGAUGGUGAAGCAGAGGGAGGAGGAGUGGAGGAGGCAGAGGAGCCAGAUGCACACCAGGGAGAAGUAUGACACUGUCGUGGUGUCCCCCAACCUGGAGAACCUGAGCUUUGAUACAGCAGAAGUGCCACUGAAAUGUGUGUCUUCCCCUUCAUCACCAUCAAGGACUCGAAAGCUGGACCGCUCUGCCCUGUCAUGUGACCAUAGGUUCCCAGAAUCACUCUCCACAGGACCAAGGAAAAAGAACGCCAUGGCUCAGAGAUGGGAGGCAAGACUACUUGUCAACCAUGAACAAGAGUGAAGAACAUCAAACCAGAAUAAUCCCAUUCCAUAUUACUACAGCUUCCAACUUCCUGAACUUUGCUAGAUGUUUCCAGUUCUACUAUUGAUACAGCUUGAAUAUACAUAUUCAUUACCGGUACUGUACUUUUAAAGUUAUUGUGAAAUAAAUAUGUAAUAUGUAAUUGGUAUUGUAAGAGAUAUGACACAAUGUAAUGAACAUAGAUGGACUACCGGAUGAGUACGUUACAAUAUUGUCCAGUUAAGGUCUUUACAUAUUUUUAAGUACUGUCUUGGUUAUACAAAAGAAAGAUAUUUAUGGUAUUUUCGUAUUGUAUUUUCUUCUAAAUAGAGUUUUAACUAAAAAGGCUAUAAGAAUAUUAUGAGAAAUGUGGUAAUCCAAAGCAGUAAAAAACAAUUAUAUCGCUGGUCUAAAAUAAAGUAUGUAUGUAUAUUAUGCUUACCUGUAUAAUUAACUUCAUUCAAAAUGUUUAAUAUGAUAGCCAUUUAUAGUAUAGGAUAUUCAAAGCUUGACCUGACAUUGCCGUUUUGAGAUGCCUUUUUCAACUAUAUUACUGUUUUUUAUGCUUCAAAAUGUGAUAUUUUUGGUUUGCAGCUGGUUUAGUUUUACGUACUAAACUAAUCCAAAACUCCAAGGUGAAUACUUGAAAGUUUAAAUUGCAUUCUCGGUUAUUUUAAGUGUUAAGUUGUUUCAUGGAGAUUUCGCUUUUGUUUAGUUUUUGUUAUUCUCAAUUGAUAAUUCUGCAUCAAAAUAAAGUUGUAUUGACAUUAAGGAAAAUAA